GCCCCGGAUGUCAGUGACGUCAUUGAGAGCCAUCUUUUGUCAGGAGCUGGAGAAGAAGGAGCUGCAGCAGCACCAGAGCCUGAACAGCACCCUGCAAGAUGUCUGCCCCAGCUGCUGGCCCCCCCGCUGCCCCCGGAGAAGGAGCAAACCAACCUCCCAACCUCACCAGCAACAGGAGGCUCCAACAAACCCAGGCACAGGUCGAUGAGGUGGUGGAUAUUAUGCGUGUGAAUGUAGACAAGGUUUUGGAACGAGAUCAGAAGCUGUCCGAGUUGGAUGACCGCGCGGACGCUCUGCAGGCCGGAGCCUCGCAGUUUGAAACCAGCGCGGCCAAACUCAAGCGCAAGUACUGGUGGAAGAACCUAAAGAUGAUGAUCAUUAUGGGAGUGAUAUGCGCUAUCAUCCUCAUCAUAAUUAUUGUUUACUUCAGCACCUAAGGACAGCGUAUCUCUUUCCGUCUCUCUGUCUAAUUUUUCUCCCCCCCUUCGCCGGAUCUAUCAUCUAUACCCCCAGCUGGGACCAGACAAAACUCAACAUAAUUCCCCCUUUUUCCUGCCUCUCCCCCUCCUCACACAGGGAAGUGGGGACAUCUUGUGUAGAAGCUGUCCCUUCUCGCUCUCUCUCCCAUGUAAAUACCCAAUGACUGGAGAUCUCCCCUAACUUAUAUAUACACACACAUAUAUAUAUAUUUAAUUUGUCCGUGUGCAGGUUUUUCUGUUACCUUGUUUCCCGUGACGCUGUGUGUCCGUGAUGUUUAUACACUGCCCCCUGCCCCAAGGGGGGAGGGAGGGGCAAUUACCCCAGAACUGGUCUCGUAUUUACAUUCCCUUAUGAAAUGAGUCAGGUUUUUGGCCGUUUUUUUUGUUUUUUUUGUUUUAUUUUUUAUUUUAAGAUUUAUCAGAGGAGAAUUGUGUGUGUGUAUGUACAGUAUGUGUGUAAAGAAUAAAAAAUAUAUAUAAUAUAUAUUAACUCCUCAGAUCCCCCCCCUCCCCCACCUCAGUAUGCCAAUUUCUCAUGUAUGGGGCAUUAUAGAUAGGGCUCGUGACCCCUGGCCCUAGGGUUUCCCAGAAUGCUCCACUCAAUGGCUUGUAGGGCAGUUAGGGGGGACCCCCUCUUGCUUCCACUAAUCUGGAGGGAUUUGGUGUGAGGAUAGGGGCGAUGCUUCCCCUCUUGGCCCGUUCUGCCGAUAUGCCUUGCAGGGGGCAGGAUCGGCAGGUGGAGAGAGAGACAGGGUCAGGAGAUAAGAGCAGAAGGCAGGUUAGCUUCCAGGCCCCCUCCCCUUGCCACUUAGGAGGGAGGUGGCACUGUGCGGAGGCAUGGGAUGCUCAUGGUAGUACCCAUUCUGGGGUAUUAUUUCCUAUUUAUGAUUAAUUACACUGCCCCUCUACCACGUAACGAGAGAUGCCGUGACGGUAACUGUGUCAAUUCCCAACUCCAUGACUGUAAAAACCCCAAGGACCCACCUUCUUACACCCGUUACAUCCAAACCCUGCAUGGGAACAGCCAUUAUGUAGCUGCAACCAGCCGGGUAAUGAGGCACACGCAAAGCUGAGACCCCCACCCCACCAACCCGUGUGCCUGGUUGCCCUGUUUGCCUGCAAUGUAUCAUUAGGAGGGAGGGGGCGAGUGUGUGCAGGGGCAAUAGGGUUAAAUCUCCCCCUCUCUCCUUGUUAUAUCCCCUUCUGAAUUUCCCCUCCCCUCCUCCUACCCCCACAACAUAAAUAUUAAAAUAAAUGUUGUUUAACCAAAAAA